ACCUUUUUGUCCAUCUUUAGCUGGUUAUUUAUUUAUUCAAUUGGUGCUGGAGAUUCAAAACUUAUCAUAUUGGCUAAGAAAUAAUUUAACCCUUUUGAAGUGCCUUAUAUUGGUCUGUCAUGCACCUAAUCAAAACGGUUUGAUCAUACCUGAGUAACAGUUUAAGUAUUGUUUAAAGUUCAAUAUUUGCAAAGUCUCACUGUGAUUAUUGUACAAACAAAUUGUUCAACAUUCUUUCAAUUCACGCCCCGUUGGUGCAAUAAUGAGAUAAUUUCUGUGAGAUUUCAUGCAUCUCUUAAUCACAAUAAACGGUGAUACUUCUUCACUGACGAUAAUUUUAAAUAUUGUUCUAUUGAACUGGAAUCGCAUUUUUAUCAAAAAUCAUUAACCCCUUGAAAAUACCCUUGAUUAACCUUCAAUUUAACAAUUUACAGAGUGUAACCAGAGAAGUGUCAGUGUUUUGGUCACAAUAUUUUUUAUUUCCUUUGCAAUUUAGCUCUUAUUCAGUGCAAGAGAUGCUCAAUAGUGUGGAAACAAGAAAAAGAAAACGGUUAUUGUGUUGACAAACUUAAACUUAUCUUUUUGAUUCAAUAGUGAAGCUGAUUCUUCGCUUUAUUACGACCUAUUUAACUUGUUCGAGAUUUAAUUUAAAUUCAUGUGCAUUCCUUAAUUAUUCAAAAAAAUUGAACGAUGGCUGGCAUGAGCAGAAAGGAUGAAUUCAUUUGUUAAGGGAAUAAAAAAUAUUGCAAAAAAACCUUGACAUUCGUUUUGCCACACCCUGUACAAUUUACAUCGUACUGCUUUAUAAUCAUAUGCUUUCGCAGUUUAUCUUUAGGUGAUUUACUUAAUCACCGAUCACCUUUUCAUCUGUAACGAUAAGGUUAUAAAAAGAGAUGAGUAGUUUAAUAAAUGGUGUAUACAAGUAUAGAUUAAUUUGUUGAUGAACCUGUGAACUUUGAAACAACUUGACACACUGUGUGUUAGAAAAGUAAACAAAGUUUUCUUUUCCUCAAGAACUGUAAAUUGUAGUUAUUCAUUUUGUAUCAUGGUCAUUCGACUGUUUGGCAAUUCCUCGGGUGUAAUUCAUAGGAUAAUCCAUUAUGGAAAAGUCUUUCGGCUCACAGUUAAACGUGACGUGAAAGGUUCGAUAACUUUGCUUUCUACUCAAUUUGCAUGUUGGAGAUUAAAAAAGUUGAAUAUCACUGUAUCUUCCACUUUCACCACUAUUGCCAAUCGAAAUCAAAAUAAACCAGCCUUAAUUUAUCAAGGAAAAGUAUGGACUUUCAAAGAUCUUGAUUCCUUCUCCAAUAGAAUCGCCCAAACUUUUGUAUCAGCUGGUUACAAACCUGGGGAUGAUGUUGCUUUGUUUAUGGACAACAGACCUGAAUUUGUUGGUAUCUGGUUGGGUGCAGCUAAAGCCGGACUAACAACAGCUUUCUUAAAUACUAAUCUUAAAUCAUCAACUCUAUUACAUUCAAUAAGUGCUGUUAAAACUCGUGCUCUUAUCUAUGACUCUGCUUUAGAAUCUGUUGUGCAAGAUUUAUUGGACUCACCCCAAUUCGAUAGAUCUAUUGAUAUUUACUCGUAUGGCGACAAACAGACACAUGAUGGCAAUAAGAAAGAAAUCAAAGCUUUGAAGCCAUUGCUUGAUCAUACAACUGAUGAACCAGUAAAUCACCGCGGCAAUUUUUCAGAUCGUUUAUUUUAUAUUUACACAUCAGGGACAACUGGAUUACCUAAAGCAGCCAUAAUUACAAAUGCUCGAUUUUUCGUUUUCGGUUAUGGCAUUCACAAAAUCAUGGAAAUGCAACCAAAUGAUAUUUUAUAUACUCCAUUGCCUCUCUACCAUUUUGCAGGAACGGUUCUAGGAACCAGUCAAUGUAUACUCUAUGGUACUUCAAUUGUCUUACGAAAUAAAUUUUCUGCCAAACACUUUUGGGAUGAUUGCAGAGAAAAUGGUUGUACUGUUGCCCAGUAUAUCGGAGAAGUAGCUCGUUAUCUUCUUGCUGUACCGCCAAGUGAAAAGGAUCGUGAUCACAAAGUUCGCUGUGUUUAUGGAAAUGGUUUCCGUCCAUCAUUAUGGUCAGAAUUUAAGAAUCGUUUUGGCAUUGAAAGAAUAGUUGAAUUUUAUGGUGCCACUGAAGGAAACUCAAGCACUGUUAAUCUUGACAACCGAGAAGGUUCUUGUGGUUUUAUAACAGUUUUACUACCUCAAUGGAUAUUAAAAAAAUUGUAUCCUGUUAUGCUGAUCCGUGUUGACCAAGAAACAGGUGAACCUUUGAGAAAUGAAAAAGGAUUAUGUGAAAGAUGCAAACCAGGGGAAGUUGGUCAAUUAGUUGGUUUAAUUAAACAUAAGGAUCCUAUCAAACAGUUUGAUGGAUAUGCAGAUAAUGAAGCAACAAAGAAGAAAAUAAUUCGCAAUGUUUUUACUGAAGGUGAUACCUAUUAUGCUUCAGGAGAUUUAUUGACUAUGGACGAGCUUGGUUACUUUUACUUUAAAGACAGAACUGGUGAUACUUAUAGAUGGAAAGGUGAAAAUGUUUCUACAGGUGAAGUUGAAGCAGUUAUCGGGGCCAUUACUAAUCAUGCUGAUACAGUUGUUUAUGGUGUUAUUGUACCUGGCAAUGAAGGUAGAGCUGGAAUGGCUGCUAUCAAAGACACAACUGGAUCUCUCGAUUUAAAAGAUUUGUUGAACAAAAUGAAAAAAGAGCUACCGCAAUAUGCCAUACCUGUUUUUAUAAGAUUAACUUCUGAUAUUGAGAUUACAUCGACUUUUAAAAUGCCAAAAGUUAAUCUCAAGAAAGAAGGUUAUGACAUUAAUUUGAUAAAAGAUUCAGUUUUUGUAUUAGAUUCGAAAAGCGAAGAAUACAAAAAACUCGAUGAAAAUAUUUAUAAAAAGAUAAUCAGUGGUGAAUUCAAGUUUUAAGUAUCUAUUAUUUACCGGUAGAUACGCAACUCUAAACGCUGAAUAUCUUUUCUAAGUUUUCCUAAUACACCCAAUGAGCUUUGUUUUGAAUAGCAUUUUUCUAUUUUUACAAGAUAACAAACUAAAAUAAUUUCACCGAUUUCUUUCUUUUCUUUUUAAAUUGUUACAAUUUGCAAUGACGAAUAAAAAAUUAUUCUGUUCAAAAUCGUGCCCUAUUCAGGACGAUUAAAGUAUAUUUCGUACCAGCAAAUAUACUCUCCUGAUUAAUUUAAAGUGAAUCAAGCUUUUUGUGUUUUUCAUCGCAAUCUAUUGAUUUCUUACAGUUAAAACAAUAUAUUUGUAAAUAUAUCCAAACACUUAAGUUCCUUCCUUCAAGACGCUUUUUUUUCAAUUCAAUUGUGAUUAUUGGUUCUUAAUAAAUUGUUUUGUAUUUUACCUAA